ACUGGAACCAAGCUCGCGGAACAUGGGGCGCAAGACGCGUCACUUGGCGAUUUGGGGGAAAGGCUGUUGGAAUAAGCUCAGCUCCAGUCUGGAAUCAAGCCACGUUUUAUCAGCUUGAUGCUGCUGCUGCCAAUCAAGCAUGCAUGCUUAUUCCUCAGCAAAGUAGCUGAGAUAUUAAUUGUCAUUCACAACUGAAAGAAACUUCAAGCAAAAGGUCUACCUGCCAUCAAGGUUCCCCAUACCUUGACGGCGUUCAACAAUUAUCUGUUUUGUGUGAUUGGACGGAGCGGCGAACAUUUCUGCAUCUGUAUCUGCCAGCAAGUUCGGACCACAUCACCCGAUCCCGAACCCCCGACGUUAACAGUUUGCUUUCCCACGAAUUACUACUCGGGCGUUUGGGACUACCAAACUCGAGCCCACAAACGACAAAGAAAAGCGGCGGUAGCAGCAUGUAUCGACAGCGUCGAUUUCGGCCCUGACUAGCUUCUUUUCCCCCGGUCGAGCUUGGUUGGUGGUGGUUAGGUAGUUGAAGCAGAAUUACGUAGGGCGCGCGCCAUUGGAAUCCAUCCCCAAGCCCAAAGCAAUGGCGGGCAGAUGGGGGUCAUAUUUCCAGUCGGCCGUCACCGGACUGGAAGCCAGGCUCGACACCAUUCUCGCCGAAGAGACGGACGCCAACAAGAACAGUAACAAAUCUGCGCAGGCGGCCGCUGCUGCUCAACAAACGACGGCAGCUUCCGACACGGGCCCCGCGGCUUCGCCUGCGGCCGCACCUUCUUCCGAGGCAUCUUCGUCCACAAAACCGAGUCCAACACCCUCUAGAUCCGCAUCCACGAACCGAAAGCCCGAUCGACUACAGGAGAGGCUUGCGAGAGCUGUCGCCGCCAAAAAUGCCGCCUCCACCCAGAAGCCGGACACAUCGUCCGCUAGACAAUCUACGACGUCAAGUCCACGCCAAAGCCUCGAUGUACCUGCCCGCGCCUCCAUAGAUAGCGUCGACUCGAGCUCAAUUGCGGGCCAGAAGGGCCCAGGAAGUACCGCCUCCCCGCGGGCCUCUCUGGACGUCAGCAAGCGCCCGUCUGUGGAAGUUACAAAUGCCGAAACGAAGCCGGUAUCGGAAGCUGCGGGGGUUAAGGCUCAAGCUGAGGAGAAAGAAGGGGAUGGAAAGCUUGGAGAAUCGGCCGUGACGGAGGCUGCUCCAAGAUCAUCCACGGGAUUUCUAACACCUGCGCCAGAAAUAGCAGCAACGGAAACUGCCGUUGAGGUUAUAAAGCCCGAAGUGCAAGAUGCAAUAACCCCUGAUGUCAGGACAAGUCUUGAUCAGCAGUCAGAACCGGCCUCGACCGAUGCGCAUAGACAAAACCAAGAGGAGAUUCACGACUACGUAGAAAAGAUCGACGCUCUUCAGGCAAAGCUACAGUAUCUGGCGAGAGAAGCGUCCGAUGCAGCCAAGAAGGCGAUUCAGGCGGCACCCCCCGGAAGCCUGGAAAAGAAAUUGGCCGAGAAGGACCAACAGAUAGCGCUACUCAUGGAGGAGGGCAAGAAGCUCGGCGUGACGGAGCAAAAGCACCGCACAAUCAUGAAGAAGCUGCGUGCCAAGAUCGCAGAGGACGAGAAGGAGAUGAACGAGCUCAAGGCAGCGCGUAGUAAAGCGGACGCAGAGGCUGAAUCCCUGAGGAGGCAGGGGCGACGGGCCAACGACCUUGAGAAGUUCCACGAGGAAUCUCUCAAGAGAAUAGGUCAGCUGCAAAAAGACAUUAAUGGUCUGCGGGCGGAGUCUGCAUCCAAAGAUUCCACAAUAGCCGACUUGAAGUCACAGCUACAGCAGGCUCAAGAGGCUGCGGACGCACAAAACGCAAAAGCGACCGACCAAGCCCUGGAGAAGGAGAGGAGACGUGCUCAAGACCUCGAGGACGAGGUGGCGGCUCUCAAGGUAGAGAAGACUCUGGCGUCAGACCGAGCAAAGGCGCAAGCAGGUGAUCUGCAGGAGAAGCUCGAGAGGGCCAACGAGCGCGCGCGCGUGGUCGAGGCGGAGCUCAAGGCCGAGGCGCAGGCGCUGGAGGGCAAGCUCGAAGCCAUGCGAGCCCGCGCCGAGGAGGCGUCUUCGGGCGCCGUGGGCGACUCCCAGGCGAAGCUGCUGAGACAGAUCGAGACGCUCCAGACGCAAUACGCCAUCGCUAGUGAGAACUGGCAGGGUAUAGAAGCCACGCUGCUCGGCAGGAUAGCGAACUUGGAGAAGGAGCGGGAUGAGGCGCUACAACGGGAGUCUGACAUGAGGAAAAAGGCUCGAGAAGCUGCUCUUCGUGCGAAACGUAAUGAGGAGGAGCUAGAAGAGGCUCGGUCAAACUUGCCCACGGUGCAGGAUGACAUUGAGUCAUACAAGAGCCAGAUAAAAGCCCUCGAGAAGCGCGCUGAACAGGCUGAAGCUGCACUGGCCGAGGCAAAGACAGACUUUGAGAAGCAGAAGGCCAUCUGGAAAGAAGAGCAAAGGCAAGCCGAACGUAGCGCGUCGGCCGACCAACGUGACUGGCUGGAAGAUCUGCCGCCACCCAAUGCGCCUUUCAAGACGAACAGUCGGCCAGAGUCACCCCUGCUUUCGCUGCCGAAUAGGAAUUGGAGCUCAGACGUCAUUGGGUUUCAAAACAUGCUCGGCAAGGUUCGGAAGCCAUCCGCACCGUCAAGCAACGGCGACGGCGUAGGGGAGAGCAGCUACCGCCCAUCCACUGCCGGACGGCGACCAUCGGCGAGCCCGUGGAUCCCGCAGCAAGCACACAGGCCAUCGAUAGCUGCAUCGAGCGUACCGCCGGGCCUGCAGACGCCGGCGACGCCGUUCAGCGUCUCGAUGGAGCAGCUGGCAGAGUACGAGCCGACCGAGGCGGCGGCGUCGACGCACCAGGUGGUGCAGGACAUGGUGUCUGUCAGCACGGCCGGGGCCGGGCCGACAGUGCAGCUUGUCGAGCGCAUGAGCGCGCAGGUGCGGCGGCUCGAGAACGAAAAGGUCAAGGCGCGCGAGGAGCUUGCCCGCAUGUCGAGGCAGCGCGACGAGGCCCGCGCCGAGAUCGUGGCGCUGAUGCGCGAGACAGAGGCCGGCCGGUCGGCAAAGGAGCGCGUCGCGGCGCUCGAGGCGGAGGUCGCGGCCGUCAAUCAGCGGUACGAGACUACUCUCGAACUGCUGGGUGAGAAGAGUGAGGAGGUGGAGGAGCUCAAGGCGGACGUGCAGGACGUCAAGGCUAUGUACAGAGAUCUGAUAGACCGGACACACAAGUGAGGGGUUUUUUUUUCACCGGGGACCGGCAUUACAUUGAUUUUACGGGAUAAAAAGGGAUUGUCAGCCGCAUUUUUCUCUUCGCUAUGGCCAAUUUUACCUGCUUGUCCCGACUAGAUUUACGUUUGGGCAAUUUAUAUUGUGAUUUAAUCGAGCUUCGCUUCUUAGUCUUUCCUCUCGGUUAAUCCC